UUCUUUUUCUUCUAAACUCUGUGGGCGGUGUCAAAAAGUUUCUUUGUGGAAACAACAUUCUUAUUUUUUAAUUUGAAGUAGAAGAUCACCUGGAAUUCAAAAUCGCACAGUGAAAGUGGUUUGCAACAGUUAUCUGGCUCCAGCUGAAUCAAGUUGAGACCUGAAAAGAGAUCUUGAAUCUGGUGAAAGUACAGAGACCCAAGAAUGCCAGUCAGGAAGAAAGAUACUGAUCGAGCUUUAUCAUUACUGGAACAGUACUGCAAAAAACUAAGGAAACCAGAGGAACAGCAACUGAAAAAUGCAGUUAAGAAGGUGAUGGGAAUAUUUAGGAGCAGCUUAUUUCAAGCUCUGCUAGAUAUUCAAGAAUUUUAUGAGGUCACAUUACUAAAUUCUCAGAAAAGUUGUGAGCAGAAGAUAAAAGAAGCCAAUCAAAUUGCACAGAAAUGGGAAAAGACAACACUCCUUGUUCCAUGCUGUGACAAUUCGCCCAAAUCUACAGAGCUAACAGGUUGCAGCAAAAUGAAGGAAGAUGCUUCAUGUACUAAGCAAAACAAAGACAAUCAGUAUUUUGAAAAUGAAACUGAUGACAAGAUCAGUCAAAACCAAGGCAAGUGUCCAGCCCAGAAUUGUUCAGUAGAAGCACCUGCUUGGAUGCCUGUUCACCACUGUCCCAAGUAUCGGUAUCAAGAUGAAGAUGCUCCACAUGAUCAUUCCUUACCUCGACUAACCCAUGAAGUAAGGGGCCCUGAACUUGUGCACGUGUCCGAAAAGAACCUGUCUCAAAUCGAAAAUGUUCAUGGAUAUGUUCUGCAGUCCCACAUCUCUCCUCUGAAGGCUAGUCCUGCUCCUAUAAUUGUCAACACAGAUACAUUGGACACAAUUCCUUAUGUCAAUGGAACAGAAAUUGAAUAUGAAUUUGAAGAAAUUACACUGGAGAGGGGCAAUUCUGGCCUGGGAUUCAGUAUUGCUGGCGGGACAGAUAAUCCCCACAUUGGAGAUGACCCUGGUAUAUUUAUUACAAAGAUUAUACCAGGAGGUGCUGCAGCAGAGGAUGGCAGACUCAGAGUCAAUGACUGUAUCCUGCGGGUGAAUGAAGUGGACGUGUCUGAGGUUUCCCACAGCAAAGCUGUGGAAGCCCUGAAGGAGGCGGGCUCCAUUGUUCGACUGUACGUGCGAAGAAGGCGACCCAUUUUGGAGACGGUAGUAGAGAUCAAACUGUUCAAAGGGCCUAAAGGCUUAGGCUUCAGUAUUGCAGGAGGUGUGGGAAACCAACAUAUUCCUGGAGACAACAGCAUUUAUGUAACUAAAAUUAUAGAUGGAGGAGCUGCACAGAAAGAUGGAAGAUUGCAAGUAGGAGACAGACUACUAAUGGUAAACAACUAUAGUUUAGAAGAAGUAACACAUGAAGAAGCGGUAGCAAUAUUAAAGAACACAUCAGAUGUUGUUUAUUUAAAAGUUGGCAAACCCACCACAAUUUAUAUGACUGAUCCAUAUGGCCCACCUGAUAUUACUCAUUCUUAUUCUCCACCAAUGGAAAAUCAUCUACUUUCUGGCAACAAUGGCACUUUAGAAUACAAAACCUCCUUACCACCCAUCUCUCCAGGAAGAUACUCACCAAUUCCGAAGCACAUGCUUGUUGAGGAUGAUUAUACCAGGGAGGCUGAGCCCAGGGUCUGUGGCCUGAGCAACAGCAGAAUGGAGCUGUCAUUACUAAGAAGGGAGCGGCUAUGGAAGGACAGGCCACCGGAACCUGUUUACAGCACUGUGAACAAACUGUGUGAUAAGCCUGCUUCUCCUAGGCACUAUUCCCCUGUUGAGUGUGACAAAAGCUUUCUUCUCUCAUCUCCCUAUCCCCACUACCACCUAGGCCUGCUCCCUGACUCUGAGAUGACCAGUCAUUCCCAACACAGCACUGCAACCCGUCAGCCUUCAGUGACAUUGCAACGAGCCAUCUCCCUGGAAGGAGAACCCCGCAAGGUGGUCCUGCAUAAAGGUUCCACUGGCCUAGGAUUCAACAUCGUGGGAGGGGAAGAUGGCGAAGGUAUUUUUGUAUCAUUCAUUCUGGCAGGCGGACCAGCAGAUCUGAGUGGGGAGCUUCAACGAGGAGACCAGAUUUUAUCUGUGAAUGGCAUUGAUCUUCGUGGAGCAUCUCAUGAGCAAGCAGCCGCUGCACUAAAGGGAGCUGGACAUACAGUGACGAUUAUAGCACAAUACCAACCAGAAGAUUACGCUCGAUUUGAGGCCAAAAUCCAUGACCUACGAGAGCAGAUGAUGAACCACAGCAUGAGCUCUGGGUCUGGAUCCCUGCGAACUAAUCAGAAGCGUUCCCUCUAUGUCAGAGCCAUGUUUGACUAUGACAAAAGCAAGGACAGUGGGCUGCCAAGUCAAGGACUGAGUUUCAAAUAUGGGGAUAUUCUCCACGUUAUCAAUGCCUCUGAUGAUGAAUGGUGGCAAGCAAGGAGAGUCAUGCUGGAAGGAGACAGUGAGGAGAUGGGUGUCAUUCCCAGUAAACGGAGGGUGGAAAGAAAAGAACGUGCCCGAUUGAAGACAGUGAAAUUUAAUGCAAAACCUGGAGUAAUUGAUUCAAAAGGGUCAUUCAAUGACAAGCGUAAAAAGAGCUUCAUCUUUUCACGAAAAUUCCCAUUCUACAAGAACAAGGAGCAGAGUGAGCAGGAAACCAGUGAUCCUGAACAACAUGUUUCUUCUAUUGCCAGCGAUAGUGAAAGUAGCUGCCGAGGGCAAGAAGACUUCAUUCUUUCUUAUGAACCUGUCACCAGGCAGGAAAUAACCUAUACACGGCCAGUGAUUAUUUUGGGCCCUAUGAAGGAUCGGAUCAAUGAUGACCUGAUCUCUGAAUUCCCUGACAAAUUUGGUUCCUGUGUGCCUCAUACAACGAGGCCAAAGCGUGACUAUGAAGUAGAUGGCAGAGAUUAUCACUUUGUCAUUUCCAGGGAACAAAUGGAAAAAGAUAUCCAAGAGCACAAGUUUAUAGAAGCUGGCCAGUACAAUGACAACUUAUAUGGAACCAGUGUGCAGUCAGUGAGAUUUGUCGCUGAGAGGGGAAAACACUGUAUACUUGACGUAUCAGGAAAUGCUAUUAAGAGAUUACAAGUUGCCCAGCUCUAUCCAAUUGCCAUUUUCAUCAAACCCAGGUCCCUGGAACCACUGAUGGAAAUGAAUAAGCGUCUAACAGAGGAGCAAGCCAAGAAAACCUAUGAUCGUGCAAUUAAACUAGAACAAGAAUUUGGAGAAUAUUUUACAGCUAUUGUCCAAGGAGACAGCUUAGAAGAUAUAUAUAACCAAUGCAAGCUUGUUAUUGAAGAGCAAUCUGGGCCUUUCAUCUGGAUUCCCUCGAAGGAAAAGUUAUAAAUUAGUUACUGCACCUCUGACAAUGACAGAAGAGCAUUUAGAAGAACAAAAUAUAUAUAAUAUACUACUUGGAGGCUUUUAUGUUUUUGUUGCAUUUAUGUUUUUGCAGUCAAUGUGAAUUCUUAUGAAUGUACAACACAAACUGUGUGAAGCCAUGAAGGAAACGGAGGGGCCAAAGGGUGGGACAGAAAAGACAUUGCAGAUUGCAGGAAAGAUUUGGUUUGCUCAAAGUACCAGGUAUAGGGAUGAUGGGCAGCCUCCUCACUCCAGCAGAUGUCCAGAGCUGAUUAAACUGCUGAGCUCUCUGUGUUGUUUGCUUUAAAGAAAAGUUGCCAGCACUCGAACUUCACCAACCUUACCAUUAUCACAGCUGUAAUUGGUACCCUUUGAAUUUUAUAACUAUGCACAUCCUUUGAUUUUUUUUUAACAAGCAAAAGAAGGAAAAAGGGAAAGGAAUCCUUUUGGAGAUGGCAAAAUAUCAUGGAAGGAUAAGUGUAGUUUCUGGCAUCUGCAGAAUAAGUAUUUCAUCUAAUUUGCCAGUGUAUGGAGGAGUUUAAACUCAACUACUCAACCUGAAGUUAGCGUUAUGAUUUUUUUUGUCUAUUUUGCUAUUUAUAAACUGAAAGGCACUAAAGAUGAAAAUAAUUUAUAUAAUAAAAAUAUAUUAAAUGUAUAGAAAUGAAUUUCUAUAGGUUAAAAAAAAGUUUUGUGAAAUAUUUUGUAAUGACUAAUUAAUUGAAAGACUAAAUGUAUGCACUAUCAGCAAAAAAUCAAAUUCCAGAACUGAAAGUUGCACUCUCCCUUUUAUGGCCAAUGAUCCAUUAAGAGCAUCUGAGUUUUUUAAAAACUAUGUCUGGCAAAGACUUCUUCCUCUCUUACCUUCCAUCAUUUCCUUUCCAUAAUAGUGAAACAUAUUCAUGGGUCACAUCUCUUCAUGAGUUGUUCUCUCAUAGAUAUUUUUGGAAGCUAUUUUGUUAGUGCAUUUUUAAGCUGAUAGCUUUUAAAAACCAAUUUGUGCAAAUGAUAUAAAGGGAAGUUUUUGCUUUUCUCUUAUUGACCACCCUGAUCCGCCAUACAAAUAGUAGACUAACUUGGUUACUUACAUACAGUCCAAAAAAUAUAACUUAGUAUUUUGGCCAACUAGAAGUAAUUAAUAUUGGGAGGGCUUGUAAGUAACUAAGGAUUUUGCAAAAGCCAAAGAUGGCUAAAACCAUCAAGAUAUCUGUCCAAGAUGCACUAUUUCUUUGAGAAGAGAGAGAAAGAAAUAUAGGAAAGGUGAGGGGUGCAGACUUUUGGUUCUGUGUAGAGAACAAAGUGAAGUGAUAAAACCACAGGAAAAUACAAUGACUUUGAGCUCAACCUAUUGAACUACCUUUCUUGGGGGCUGCACCUGGAACAAGUUUAUUCUUUAGAAUUAUUAUAAUGAUUUUUUUCUUAUGAAAAGAAACCUCCCAAAGCCUCUAUCCCACUUAAGAGCUGAUUAUGAUGUCAGUAUUGCUUGUACCCAUGUUGUUUAGAGAGAGACUUUUUCAAGAUCUUAAUAACCACUCAACUCUGGGUUCCCUAUAUGCCCAGACUAAGCCCCAUCGCCUUAUUCCUGGGGUACAUGCAGACCUGGCAGGGAUUCUGCCACACUGUGCAGCAAACCAGCAUACAGGCUGGGAUUGGAGAGCAAGAAAGUCAAUAGCAAUGAUGGGGCUUCUUCAUAGUAAGAACAGUGGAGCUCAGAAUGAGGGUCUCUUUCUGAAAACAAUCAUCCAUUUUACACUAACUACCACUGUCUGCCUGGCUGCAGUCACCAAAACAAACAUAACAAAAUUACCCAUCUACCGAUAGUUGUGAGGCUGUCUAUGCCACUGGAAGGGCUAGCAAAGCAUUUUCCCAGUGAUACAAGUUAAAUAUCCAGAGCUUUCCUUUAAGGACUCAAAAUGUCAGGGCUUUGUCCAUAUCAGUAAUUCACCAGUUUCAGGUCAAGGCCUAUUUCCAACAAAUUGCUCCCAGAAGUUUUCUGCCACCAGAAUGCCAUUCCUGAUCCCAGCUCUCUUUUUAGGCCACCAUGAUAACUUCUUUGGUUUCUCAACUGAGCAUGCAACUAUUUAUUUAAAGGACUGUCAUUAAUGAGUAGAUGUUUUAUGCAGGUCAUGUGAUGUGCUUUCCAUUUAAUAUUAAGUAUUGCUGUGGCUAAGUACAAUCAAAUUGAACCAUCAACCCUUGGUUUUGUAGUAAUAUAAUGAUUUAUUUUCCUAGUGUAGAUGCUUCCAAAUUAGAACUGGCAUUUGCACUGAUUUUUUAUGUAGAUUUCUACACAUAUAUAUACAUAUAUAUUUGCUUGAAGAAUCACCAAGUUCAUUGGUGAGAAGGUCUUUUCCUAUAGAAUUUACACCACCAUUUGUUGUGUUGUCUUGCACUUCCUAAUGUCGAGGUCUUUAGGGCUCCAAUGAACUGUUGUAGCUCAUAGCAAAUCUGACCUCUUGGAUGGAAAUGGCAUGAACGUUACCCAGAUUACAUCUGGUGCAAAUGCACUUGGAGCCAGGGGCCAGACUGGUGCUAACACCACAAACUUUGUCCAGAGCUCUCUCCAAUUUGAAGGCUUGCUGGAGGCGCAACGUCACUUUUACAUGCUGGGCCCUUUCAGAAAAGUGCCAGAUCGUGUCACUGGUGCUAUUUGUCAUGCUCUGGUACAAUGUGUAGCACCAUGGGGGUCUCAGCUUUACCAAAAUCAAAAUUCCGUUUGUCAGCUAUUUGCAGGGGCAUUGGCUUUUUUUCUCUUCCCACCACCCCUCCCCAUAUCCCCCGGAUUUGUUAGCUGUGUUCACACAGGCUUUUUCCUCUCAGCCCCCUGAUCUUGGCUCUGUUGCAUGAGCCCAUCUUUCCAAAGCUGCACUCAGGUGUUCCAUAAGCUGUCUUUGAUCUUACUGCCAGCCCUUCAGGACACUUUUCUUUGGUUUUUCUCCCUCUCUUCUCUGCCAUCGCAUUUUUAUUUUUAUCUCAUUUCAGAUUUCUCUUGGAUCCUUCUUUCUUAUCUUCUCUGAGUCUGACUUCCAACAGUCUUUCCUCUCUCAUUCCCCAAUUCUCAUCUACUCCCGAUUCAUCUUUGUCUCUGUGCCUUUCCUUUCCUUAUUGUCCUAUCAUUUCUAUAUGUCUAUAAGCAUUUCUCCAAACCCCACACUUUCUCAUGUUUUGGUCCUGUUUGGGCUCCUGGCUGAAUCAGACAGCAAGUCCGUAUGCUGGACUGAUGACACAAAUACUUUGGGUCACUGUUUCACCUACGCAGCCCAGAAAGCUAAGCUGAGAGUGAGGGUCCACCCUAGAGAAGCUCCAAGGCCCUCACUGAGCCAGCCUGCACCGCUGCCUGGCAGCGAGGAUGCACGCUCUGGGCCCAAAGCACCUGGGUGCCUCUGCCUGAAGCUGUUCCUCAGAGCACUUCCAGCACCAUGGUCUGGCUCUAAGGACACUUCAUUUUGAUAAAGGCAGAAGCUGGCCCCAACAGUCACUCCAACAACAGAACCUCCUCCUCUUUCAUGGAAGCCAUGCCAUCGCCUCGGUUUGGAGAGAGACAUUUUUUUCCACCUCCAUACCCUUUCUUUUUCCCAUUCUCACGUGAAGCCCCUUCUGCUAUUCAACUGGUGAUUGCUCUCGUGAGAUGAAAUGGGCUUGCUGGUGAAAUGACAUUUUUUUUCCUGUCUUGGUCCUUCCUAAAUUCUUACGAAAAAAAAAAAAGUCUCUAAGUCAAGGACUCAAACUAGUUCCUAAGUUUAUCAUAGUAAUUUGUCAUUCCUAGGGAGAAAAGAGGGACAUUCCCCCUUAAAGUAUAUGCAGUAACUGCUGUAACAAUUGAUUUAACAGAGGACUCCCUGCAGAAUUCUGUGACUAUGCAUUGCAAAUUAUGUAUGGCAUCGAUGGUACAUCCGUCAUGUAUGUUAAUACUAGAUUGGGUAUGAGUGUCUGUGGAUGGAAACCCACACAUAUUCCAGUCUGUAAAUAUCCAUGCUCGCAGAAAUCUGUGCUUCAGAAAUCCCUUCUGUACAGCUGUGCAGUUUUUUUAUGGCAGCUGGAGACAAGCUAAAUAAAGCAGGUAGACAAAUUAGACUAAGAUCAUUGAAAAGGUAGAAUAGUGAAAUCUCCCUAACAAUUCAUGAGGACAGACAACCCAAUGGCAAAGUUGACUCCCAAUGGGAUGGCAAAAUUUUCUUCUCUUCUUUUUGAACUUGUGUUACCCAAGUGUAUCUUAACUUCUGAGUGCACCAGGCUGUACCUGUUAGAACCUUUCAAUAUGACAAUUUUGUGCUUCUCUCUGACAGGAUGUUUCUUCAUCAAGCUGUAGUGCAGGAUGGGAGGGGGACAUUCCUUACCAGGGCUGGAGCUUACAGAGAUGCUGCACAGCUUACACUCCUGUUAAGUGUAAAUAUUCUACACUUCCAUUCCAUUUGUGUACAAAAUAAAGCACACACGAUUAUAAAAUCAAGAUGUAUAUUUCAUA